AUGACGACGGAAAACCGUGCCUUCAAACGUUUAGUCGAAGUUGGUCGAGUGGUCUUUAUUGACUCUGGCGAAGACGCUGGAAAGCUCGCUGUCAUCGUUGAAAUAAUUGACCACAACAGGGCACUUAUCGAUGGUCCAUCCACUGGUGUAGCCCGACACGCUCAUGCUUUUCGUGGUAUGACACUUACUGAUCUAGUAGUCAGAGGAUUCCCUAGGGGAGCCGGCUCAAAAAUAAUCAAGAAAUAUUUUGAUAAGGAAGAUAUUUUGAUCAAAUGGAAUAAAUCAACAUGGGCCAGAAAAUUAGAUAAUCGUACGAGGAGAGCUGCAUUGACUGACUUUGACAGAUUUAAAUUAUUAAAAUUUAAGAAACAGCGACGUUUUAUUGUACAAUCAGAAAUUGCUAAGUUAAGAAAGAAUAAAUAA